AAACUGCAUUGUAAUGCAGUUUUAAACUAAAGUUAAAUGACCUUGCUAACACCAAAACAAGUAGUCAUUCAACAACAAACCGAUGAGAAUACAAAGUUUAGUCGCUUGACAGCUUUCUAGGCAACAGCAGAUCUCGUGCAACAAAUGCUGAAAAUGUCUGUGAAAUUAGAUGCAAUUAUUUUCGGCGCAACCGGAUUCACUGGUCAAAUUGUGGUCGAAAAGGCGCCAGAGGAACUGAAGGGUCUCACUUGGGGCGUAGCGGGUCGUAAUAAGAGCAAGCUGGAGAAUGUGCUGAGCACUGCAGGUCAGAAAAUUGCCAAAGAUCUCAGCGCGGUGCCAAUCAUAUUGGCCGAUGUGGGAGAUCGCACAUCGAUCGUGGCAAUGGCAGAAAAAUGCAAGGUCGUUAUCAAUUGUUGUGGCCCAUAUCGUUUUUACGGCGAAAUGGUUGUGAAGGCCUGCAUUGAAGCCGGUACUCAUCAUGUGGAUAUUAGCGGUGAGCCGCAAUAUAUCGAAGGCAUGCGUUUGAAGUAUCAUUAUUUGGCUCAAAAAAAUCACACUUAUAUAAUAUCUACUUGCGGCUUUGAUUCUAUACCUGCUGAAAUGGGUGUAUUGCAUGCAGAGAAAAAUUUCUCAGGUACUGUGAACACAUGCGAAAUGUUUUGGGAGAACAUACUCGAUUAUCGCGACAAAAACUCUAAAGCUGUGCUACAUGCCGGCACUUGGGAGAGCGCCAUUCAUGCAUUUGCUAAUUACGGUGAAUUAAAAAGAUUGCGACGUUUACUAGAGAUGGAGAAGUUGCCAGAUUUACGGCCAAAGCUCAAAUAUUCUCCUUUUGUGCGCAAAGUUCAAUUUCUAGAUCGAUAUUUCUUCCCCAUACACUCCGGGGAUCGUGAUAUCGUAAUGAAUACUCAGCGUCUGCGUUAUUUGAAUGAAAAGAAACGCCCAAUACAGUUCGAAAAUUAUAUUGGCUUCCGCUCCCUAUGGACCACCAUUUUCACACAAAUUAUAGUAUUAUUCACCGUUAUAAUGGCGCAAAUUCCCGGUUUACGUAAAAUUUUAAUAAAAAAUCCGAAAUUCUUCACCAGAGGACUUUUAUCACACGAAGGACCUGUAGAGGCAAAUCGAGCUACACAACGCUUUCAAAUGAUAUUCCGCACCAGAGGAUGGACCGAACAUCAGCCAUUGACUGAGGAGCCGAAACAAGAGCUUUUAACGCGACUCACAAGCCUCGAUCCGUUUUAUGGCAUGACAUGUUUGUCGGUUUUAGCUACAGCGAAAAUAAUACUCAAGGAGCAUGAUAAAAUGCCAAAUGACGGUGGUGUCUUUCCGCCUGGUUACGCCUUUGCUAAUACCAGCCUCAUCGAAGAAUUGGCUCGUCAGAAGAAUGGCUUGAAAUUUGAAGUAUUAAAGUUGGAGCAACAAUGAUUUUAUCACAAAUAUAUAUAUUUGCACUUAGCUUGGGUUUGGGAAGUAAGUUAUAUACCAUAUAUUUUGUAAUAUUUUGAAAUGUUUUUGAAAUGUUUUUGAAACGUUUUUGCAAUAAAAUACUCUAAUAAAAAUAGUAUAUUUUCCAUAAUCUAUUAUUCAAAUUAAA